AUGGCAAGUAAUAGAUUAUCAACCAAAAAUACUUUAUUGAGUUCUUUAACUCAAACAUCUUCUCUAUUGUCCUCAUCAUGUCUGUCCAGUGGGCUAACAUCAUCCAGUUUUAUGAGCACUAAUGAUGCCAGGAAGAGAAAGUUUGAUAUAUCGAAUGGUCACAGCACCAAGAAGUCUAAAGAAACAUUAGCACCAGUUUCGAAACUUAGUGAAAGUCUGACAGCAAAUUUACGUCUGACUUCCACAUCCCUUAAUUCUCCUUUGUUACAAUCAUCUCUUCUGAAACCAUCUUGUUUGACGUCUGCAAGGGAUACAGCAAUAACAGAUUUUACUGACAGCCAUGUUGGAAGACCAAGAGUCAAAUUAGAUGUGGAGAAAAAGCCUUUGAACAUCAAGAGUCAAAAAGUUCAGAGUUCAAAUUUAAAGGUUAUAAAGCCCACAGUUCAGAAAUUGUCCCCAGACUCAGGGAAAGUGGCAAAGAAAAAAGUCAAGAAAUCAGAUAAAAGUCUACAUGAUCGUGUUGUAAAAUAUCAUAGUAUUGACUACCCUGAAUAUGACCUGCAUAGAGACAGUAAUAUUAUUGGUAUACAUAGACCUAAAUUUAUACCACCAAAUAAAGACAGAAGUCUACAAGUUACUAUAAAUAAAUCAUUAGCUGAUGUCAAUGGUAUCAAGCUUGGUUUAAUUAAUGCUGUGAGUGCAUCUUUAAUCAGUCAGCCGAACUAUAAAGAUAGAGGGAAUAGAGCUAGAAUAGAUUUAACAGCAUUGACAGAAAGAGUUGUACCAUAUGAUCCAGAAUUUGUCUUAAAGGUUGCAUUGUAUUCAAGAAAAGAAUUAAAUAUUCGAACAACUAGCAACUUCCUGUUGGCUCUGGCAGCUAAUGUAUCAGCUUGUCGGCCAUAUUUAAAGAAAUAUUUCUCUUCAUCUAUAAAUUUACCAUCAGAUUGGAUUGAAGUUGCUGAAAUAUAUCAGGCUUUUCAUGAUGAAACUAUAAUGCAGGGAUCAUUACCUGCUGCCUUGAGACGAUGUAUGAUAGCUAAAUUUCCUGAUUUUGACCAAUAUCAACUUGCCAAAUACAACAAAGAUACAUCAAAGAAUAAGAAGAAAAAUGAUAAGAAGGCUGAUAGUAAUGAUAGAAGGGGAUAUCAAGGUGGACCAGAGCAAGAAAAAAUGGGAGUAAAUGAUGAUGAAUAUAUGGAAACAGAAGAAGAAAUAGAAAAGAUCAGCUUUACAAUAAAACAGUUAAUACGUAAACUACAUAUAGUAGAACCAGUGGAGAACGUCAUGUGUCUUAUUGGCAAAAAGUAUCCUGAUGAUUUAGAAGAGUUCUAUAAAAGUCGCUUGCCUGGUACCUGGGAUGAAGAAAGAGCGGGAAAAAGAAUGAAACUUCCAGUACCAGAAACAUGGGAAACUCAAGUUUCAUUAAAAGGCAAUAAAGCUUCAACAUGGGAGCAAUUAUUAGAUAAUAAGAAGCUACCAUUUAUGGCUAUGUUGAGAAAUUUAAGAAAUCUCAUCAAAGCAGGCAUCUCUGCUAAACAUCAUGGUCAAGUUUUAAAAAGACUCACAGAUGAGAGACAAGUAGUAAAUAGCAAACAGUUUCCAUUCAGAUUUUUCUCAGCAUAUGCAGCUCUGACACAACUCUAUAAAGAAUAUGAUGAAAAUCAGGCCCAGUUAAUAAUGGAGGCAGAACAGAAGGCCAGUGGUAUUGAACCUCCUACUAUAAAUAUCAGAGGUCGUGGGAGAGGACGUGGAAGGGGCAGAGGACGUGGAAGGGGCAGGGGUGGAAGUGGUACUGUUGAACCUAAAGGUACAGGUACUCAAUGGUGGCUUAAGAAGAAAGAAAAGCCAAAGACAACGAAAGAAGUACCAUAUGACCUAAAUAUUAUCAAACGUUAUAAAAAGGCUCUAGAUACAGCAGUACAGAUAGCUACAGUUUAUAAUGUACAGCCUAUUAAAGGUCGAACAUGGAUCUUCUGUAAUGUUGGUUAUGAAAUGGCUCAGCCUUGUACCUCAGCUAGAGGUCUAGGAAAGCCCAGAACAAAAAAAGAAGUAGCUAUAUUGAUGGGAUUGAUGUGUAAAUAUUCAUGUGAAGAUUGUGAAAUGAUUAUCUAUAAUAAUCAGAAAUAUGAUACAGUUUCUCUCCAGAAAGGAACAAUAUUAGACAAUAUGGAAAAUGUACUACAAGCUGCUAACAACCCCAGUGAGGAUGGUGCGAUAGAAGGAUUGAACAAUGAUUUCCCUUCUAAACUACUGUAUGAUGCCUUACGUGACCGUCAACAGAUAGACAAUAUCAUUAUACUGAGUCCCUCUGAUUUUGAUCUUGAGACCUUUUUACCUUUAUACAGACGCCUGGUUAAUCCUAAUCUACUGUAUGCUUCUAUAUCAUUCAGUGCUGGUACAGCUAGUUUUUCCAGUAUUAUACCUACCCAUGAUAAUGAUAUUUACAUUGCUGGUUAUAGUGACAGUAUUCUCAGAUAUAUUGCUGAGAAAGGAGAUGGUGGACAGUUAUUACAUGUGAACAAUAUAGAUGAAGCUUAUCAUCUUAAACCAAUGGUACCAGUUGGUCUAGAAUCCAUACCACAACCAGAACCAGUUACAUCACCAGAAAGACCGUUACCUAUAGCUUCUAAUACUCCUAGAUGGAGAACAGCCAGAGUAUUUAUAUCAUCAACGUUCCGUGAUAUGCAUGGUGAAAGAGAUCUACUAACACGAUUUGUCUUCCCUGAAUUACGAGACCGUGGUUUGAAACAUUUUAUUAAUGUUUAUGAAGUAGAUUUAAGAUGGGGUGUAACAGAAGAACAGACACGAAACCAGAGAACCCUAACUCUGUGUUUACAAGAAAUCAAGAAGUGUCAGUUUUUUCUGGGGAUAUUGGGUGAGAGAUAUGGUUGGAUGCCAGAGAAAUACGAUGUACCAGAUACAGCCGAGUAUGAUUGGAUCAGACAAUAUCCCGAGGGAGCAUCAGUAACAGAGUUAGAAAUGGAGUAUGGGGCCUUACAACACAUUCAACGAGCUAGAGAAAAAGCUUUCUUCUUUCUGAGGGAUAAUGCAUAUGAAAAAGACAUACCUAAAGAAUUUCUACCUCAUUUCAUAACUGAGAAUGAUGAUACAAUGGAGAAAAUGUCCAGAUUAAAGAGAAGAAUCAGAUCAAGUGGACUAGAAGUUUAUGAUGACUAUCCAUGUAGAUGGGGUGGUCUAGUGAAUGAUAAAGCUAUUGUUGCUGGAUUAGAGAGUUUUGGAUUAAGAGUUAUCAAUAAUCUGUGGACAGCAAUACAAAAAUCUUACCCUGAUGAGACAGCAAUGUUAGAUGAAGAGACCCAUAUUAGUAAAUUACACCAAGCUUUUAUAGAUGAUAAACAACAAGAAUUUAUUGGUCGUACAGCUUUGAUUAAACAAUGUAUUAAUAAGAUCAUUAAUAAUCAACAUGGCCUGCUGGCUAUAGUGGGAAAAUCAGGAUGUGGUAAAACCUCUUUAAUGUCUCGUAUAGUAUAUAAAUACCUAGAACAUAAACAUUGUACCAGUGCUAGUAAUGUUAUAGUACAUGUGGUAGGUGCUGCACCAGGUUCUACUAAUAUAGCAGCCACCAUACGUCGAUUAACUCAUCAUAUCAAUACACAGUUUGGUCUUAAUUUUAUAGUACCAGAAGAUUAUAGAAAUUUAGUGAUUCAGUUUGGAGAGAUAUUAAAAGAAGCUGGUAAAGUAAGUCAUGGUAAAUUGGUACUAUUUUUAGAUGGUAUAGACAAUAUGGAUGAUGUACAUCAACCCUACAGUAUGGAAUGGCUGCCAUCACCAAUUCCACAGAAUGUAACUAUAGUAAUAUCAGUACAAGAAGAAAACAAGGCCUGUAAAUCAUUAAAAAGAUUAGCUGCUGAUGAAUUUACUGUUACACCAUUAGAUAUGUUUGAUAAAUCAGAGAUCAUCCGUAAAACUCUUGAUAAACAUAGAAAACAGUUGGAUGAAUCACCCUUCAAUAAUCAGUUGAAGUUAUUAGUAUCAAAGAAAGAGGCACCUAAUCCACUAUAUCUGAAAUUAGCUUGUGAUGAACUGAGAGUAUUUGGUGUCUUUGAAAAGAUAAGCCAGAAGAUAAAGUCUCUACCUCAUACAACACCACAGUUAUUACAAGAAAUAAUGGUUCGAUUAGAAACAGAUCAUGGUAGAGAUUUAGUGUGUAUAGCUUUAUCAUUACUAGUGGUGGUCAGAGAUGGUCUGAUAGAUGAAGAGUUAUGUGAACUAAUAAGUUGGAAGAAAAUGUUUGGUAAACAACAGUACAAUGUUAAAGAUAUAGUCAAUAUGACACUACCAUACCACGAACUCUUACCACCUAUAGUCUUCUCUUAUUUAAAACGUUCUAUACAAAGUUUCUUAAAUCCAACUGGCAAAUGGAAUACCAGGCUAGAAUUAGCUCAUAUAGAAAUGAUAAAUGCCGUCAGACAAAGAUAUUUGAAAGGUUCUGGUGCUGAUUUGGAACAAAAUCUACACAAGCUUAUCGCUGGUUAUUACUAUAAGAAGGUUGAUCCCAAUAAAAAUGGAACUUUUGCUGGAACUGAUGUUAGAGCUUUUAGUCAACUAACUUAUCAUAUGGCAUGUAGUGGUAAUUUCAAUGAAUUAGAAGAAAUUGUGUGUAAUCUAUGUUAUAUCAAUCAGAAAUGUCAACUAGGUUUGGCAUCACAACUCAUGGAAGAUUAUGUUCCAAAAGGUACUGUGACUAAAUCAAGUGAAAGAGAACAAACAAAGUUUUUCACCAAACCUAAAAUAUUAGAAUAUAAAUCAUUUAUAUCUAGGAAUAUACAUGUACUAACUAGUCAUCCAGCUUUAACAUGGCAGCAAGCCUUGAAUGAACCAGACACGUCUAUUGUUAAUAGAGAUGCAAGAGACUGGCAAACUGAUGUAGAUGUUGACCCAUGUUUAAUGUCCUGGAUAAACAAACCUAAUAGUAUAGACCCAUGUUACCAGACAAUUAGUAACUUGAAAGAGCCUGUAACCUGUGUAGCUAUUUCUAGAGAUAAUUUAUAUUUUGCUACUGGUAGUCUUGAUUGUAUAGUCAGAUUGUAUGAUCUACAAACUGGAAAGGAAAUUCGAAUGUUUUGUGGACACUCAGACCCUAUCUCUGAUGUAUGUUUCGCUGGUAAGACAGUGCUAUGUAGUGCUUCAUAUGAUAAUACUGUUUCACUAUGGAAUGUGGAUGGUGGCCAUAGAAUUGCUGUAUUGAAGAAUCACAAGCGUAGAGUGAACUCAUGUGCUGCAGACCAAUCUGGUAAAGUUGUAGCCACAGCAUCCUGGGAUUGUACUGUUAAAGUAUGGAAUACUAAUAAUGGAGAACAGGCUUGUUAUUUAAAUGUAGCCAGCCCAGUAAAUUGUGUAGACUUUCACCCAGAAGGACAGUUAAUAGUCACUGGAAGUUGGGAUUCUCUGAUUAAAAUAUAUGAUAUCUUCCAUAAGACUAGAAGAGCUAUAUUACGAGGUCAUCAGACAUCAGUAAGAGAUGUGGCUUAUUCACCAUCAGGGCGUCAUAUUGCUUCAGCUAGUUUGGAUGGAGAAGUCAAAUUAUGGUCAGCAUUGAAUGGCUCCCAGGUUGGUAAUAUUCAAGGUCAUUGUUUACCAAUAAAUAAACUAACCUUCACUCAAACUGGUCGAGAAUUAGUUACAGUUAGUGAUGACCAAAAAGUCAAGAUAUGGUCUGGUGAUUUAGGAAUACCAGUACAUUGUUUUGGAAGUGAGAAGAAUGGUUCAGUAACAUCAGUAACAAUAUCUAAUGAUGGACAGUUAUUGGUCGCUGGUUAUCAUGAGGGUCAUAUUAGAGCUUUUGAUAUCAAUACAGGUGCUAAUAUAUACACUGUAAAACAUAGCUCCUGUCCAGUGAGUGCCAUAACAUUUACAGCUGAUGAUAAUAAUUUACUUAUUGGUGUGGAUAGUGAGAAUGUAAUGUUAUGUACAAGAUCUAGUGGUCAGAAAGUGAGUGUAUUAACAGGUCAUAGUAAGAAUGUAUUAACUAUAGCUACCUCUAAAAACUAUAUAGUCAGUGGAGGGGAAGAUUCUAUUAUUUGUGUCUAUGAUGAUUUGUCACAGUUAAAAACAUCUCGACUUAUUCCACCAGCAGCCUUAUUACAUCAUCACCAAGCACCAGUUACUAGCUGUACAUUUAAUAAGAAUGGUUCAAUGUUUGCUUCAGCUAGUAGAGAUGGGUCUGUUAUGAUAUGGGAAGUAAAAUGGGUUUCAGUGGAUUCUGAUGCACCACCAUUUCAACAUUUACGAUCAUGUCACUCUGAUUGGAUUAAUGGUUGUAUUUGGUCUAAUACAGGCAAUAUGUUGUUAACAGCUUCUAAUGAUUUUAACAUGAAGAUUUGGAAUUUGAACUUAAAAGAUGGUGAUGAAAAUAAAACUACAGAAAAGAUGAAAUUUACUGGUCAUAUGUCAGCGAUAAACUGUGUAGAUUAUCAGUAUGGUUGUAUUGUAUCUGGAAGCAGUGAUGGUAAUGUUAAAGUCUGGUCUCAUAAAGGAACAGAGAUCACUACCUUAUAUGGACAUACACAAAGAGUAAAUGAUUGUUCUAUACAUGUCAAGUUUAAAGAAGGUAAAGGUGUGAUGACAGAAGAUGUAGAAGAAGAUGAAAUGGACUGGGCGACUAUGGUAGAUAAUGAUUCCAGUCCUAAAAAAGCUAAGCUAGCCAGUAAACAACCAGAGCCUGUAGUAUCAGAUGUUAUUGUAGCUACUUGUAGUGAUGAUGGUCUUAUUAGAAUCUGGAAACCUCUCCAAGCAAAUGAAUUGGCAUCAUUAACUGGACAUUCUGAUAGAGUAGUGUCUGUAGCUACAGAUACAGCUGGUAAUGUCUGCUCUACAUCAUUAGAUAAAUCUAUUAAAUUAUGGAAACCAGAACUGAGUAAUAUUAAAUCAAUAGGACAACAUGAUAGUGAUAUAACCUUCACUGUAGUUAGUAAAUAUGGUGAUAUAGCUCUCACUGGUAGCAGAGAUGGUAUAGUUAAGAUAUGGCAAGAUAAUGGUAACCAGAGUAAAGUUUGUGUCUGUAGUUUCCAGGCUGAUGAGAAAUGUGUCAGUGAUGCUGUAUUUCUACAGAAUAAAAGUACAAGAUUUGUCACAGUAUCAUAUAGUGGUUUAAUAAAGAUCUGGAAUAUAUCAAAUAAAACUGGUGAUAUUGCUGUCAAAUGUACAGAUGAGAUAAUGGUAGAGAACCCUAUACUCUCAGUAACGUGGAGUGAUAAACAACCUCUAGAAUAUAUACAUUUUAUAUGGGUACUGGAAUGGAAUGGUAGAGUAAAAGGCUGUAAUCUCAAUACCAAAAUACAUGAAUAUUCUUGGUUAAUACAGACACCAGAAUUACCUCUAACAUCAGCUCUGAAGAUGAAGUUUGCUUCUAAUUCUAACAGAUUAAUGAUACGUAGAGUUGACUCGGCUAUAGUUUGUAUCGAUCUUCAACAGAUGAUGGAAUAUAGUUUGAACAGUACCAGUAUACCAAUUACUGUAGAUGAAAGUCAUAUAACAGUGGAGAAACGAGAAGCUAAUUGGAUCUUAUCAUCAGAUAUUGAUGGUACUUUUACUUUUAUUGGUGAUUCAAAAGGUCAGCUGACUCUAAUGAAAGGUCAUGAUUUAAAAUCUAUGAAGAUACAUAAUGGAGGUAUAAAUUGUGUAUUAAAAUGUGGAGAUUUUUUAUUUACUGCCUCAUCUGACUGUUUGAUUAAAGUCUGGAAAAUGGAGGCUAUCAAAUCAUGGAAGAUGGAAGGAGCUCAGGUUGGAAUGUUUAUAAAUACAGCUCCAGUAUCAACAUUAUGUCACCUCAAUACCAAUACAGUAAAUAGUAUCAAAUUGAUGUGUGGAGAUAUACUAGGAAAUGUGAAUAUAUUACAGUGGAACUAUUAA